ACUGGCCCGCCAGACCGCCCCACUCCUGCCGCCCUCCGAUGGGUCCACUGCCUUUGUGCCCGCCAGUAGGGCUGUCGCUGCUGCUGCUACUGGGACCCGGACUCGGGCUCAGCUCAGCUUCCCAGAGGUCACAUGUGCACCGACGUGGGCUCAUAGAACUGGCAGGGACUGUGCACUGUGCUGGCACCCGCACCGCCAUGGCCUACAUGAACUACGGCUGCUAUUGUGGCCUGGGUGGCCAUGGCCAGCCCAGGGAUGCCAUUGACUGGUGCUGUCAUUCCCACGACUGCUGCUACAAACGUGCCGAGGAUGCUGGCUGCAGUCCCAAGAUGGGGCGCUAUUCCUGGCAGUGUGUCAAUCAGCACAUCCUGUGUGGACCAGUGGAGGACAAAUGCCAAGAACUCAUGUGCAAGUGUGACCUGGAGAUUGCUUACUGUUUAGCCAAAACUGAGUACAACUUAAAGUACCUCCUUUACCCCCGUUUCUUGUGUGGGAAGGACUCACCCAAGUGUGACUGACUAGCCUGACUUGAAAUGUCUUUUUUGCACAAGGAAAUAAAACUUUUUUGCAG